CGCGUGGAGUAGCACCUAAUCAUCGAGUGCGCCACGCACCCUGGAGGGAUAUAGCGUCACCGACCCCGCGGCUUCUCGUCGGCAUGGCAGCCACGGACAAGAAGACCAUGAUGCGCGACUACCGCCAGCACGGGUGAGCCUGCGUGGCGCUCCGCCAACAAGGUGGCGACAGUGCGAUCGCACCUCUCGAAGCUUGCUGCACGAUUGCCAAGACCGAGCUCAUUCUGCCCUUGGAGUCGAAGACCCAGCAUUGGCGCGCGUAUUCCGCCGUUGACAACUGCUUUAGCAUCCUCGAGUGAUCUCGCGUUGACCGUGCGAUGCCCAACCUCAUGACCGACGACAAGGAAACAACACGGGUGAUGUCGACGACUUAGAACCUCGACGUGCUGGCUUGCAUCAACUCGGCAGAUCGGCGACUCGUCCAGCAAUAUGAUGACUCUUUUUUUCCGACGUCGCUGAACACGUCGACGUGCCGGCGGCGGCCUUCACUCGUCCAGAGACUUUCAUUUCACGAUGGCUACAAGUUUUGCGCUGCCACCGCCGACGAUGACGCACGCCGACGGCGAUGACGACUGCGACGCUGAUGGCGGCUACGACGAUGGCACUGGUAGCGCUCUUGUGGCGAGCCGCAGCCUCGUCUUCACGGUCGUCGGUCGCCGGUGGUCGACGGCGCAUGUCUUGCUUGCCAGCGGCACCCAUCUCAGCAUUGUCAACUCGACGUUGGUCUCGCAGCUAGACGCGCGUGGUGUCGACUGCCAAGUGCGCGCCAUAGCGUCACUGGAGCUGCAGUCGGGCAAUCUAUGGUGCCUCUAUGACGUGGCGUGCGUCGACACGGCGCUGCCGCCGAUGGUCAUAGUGGCGCGCUCGCUCCUGCAGCGCCUUCGUUACUCGACGGCAGAGCGUUGCGGCAAGCCGAUCGUCGGCCUUGCAGCUUUGCGCCUGACUGUCUUGCCCUCGAUCGCAAACGCUCGUUUCGACAGCUGUGCCACGCCGCGCACCGACGGCUGCGCUGUUCCGCCCGUCUCGCCGCCCUUCUCGCACCGGCCAUACCCGCCGUCCCGCGUGCUGAUGCGACCGCCAGCAAGGUGUCAUCCCUUUCCGUGA